AAGGCAGACAUGGAUUCAUUUACUCAACACCAUAAGUUCUUCAUAGCCAUAUUCAUUCGUCCAACGAUAUAGUUUCUCAAGUAUCAAAAAAUUCGACCCAACCAGCGAAUAUAGUCAUUGUUUUCAUUUUAAUUUAGAAUUCAUGUCGGGAAAUCCUAAUCUCAGCGAAAAAAGUAAUGAGCGAGAUACUAAAGAAGCAAGUGAGGUAAAAAAAGAGAUUCGACUAUUAGAACGUGAAAUUCCUGAGAAACUUUUGGAAACUAUACUGGAAGCAAAUCAAUAUGUUGAAUUACAAGAGCUUGAGAGACGUUUAGACUCAUUAAUUGUGCGAAAACGCUUUGACUUACAGGAUUCCCUUAGUCGUCAGUCAAAGAAGACAAGAGCAAUACGGAUUUUCAUCAGGAAAACUCUAGAAAACCAAGCUUUUCAAAGUCAUGAAGAGAAAAAUGAUAUCCAAAUUAGUGAUUUAGCUUCACUUUCUGUUCCUUCUUGGACAAUUCAUAUGGAAGGAAGAUUAAUUCCUGGAAAGGAAGAAGAAAUGAAGCAAUUGGAUGAAAUACCUUUCACCACAUUUUUCAAGAAAAUAGCUUUUCAGAUACAACGCUCAGAGGAAUUGUAUCCAGAAAGUAACUACGUAGAAUGGAAUAAGCUUUCGAAUGGUACUAACUUGGCAAAUGAACUUAAAUUAAAGCGAAAUGGAGAUCAAAAUGUAAAAAUAAACAUACUUUUAUAUCCCGACGAGCACCCUGAGCGCUACAAAUUAUCAAGUGCAUUUGCUAAUCUCUUGGCAAUCAAAGAAGGAACGCGUCCAACCAUCGUCACGGCUUUAUGGCAGUACAUCAAGUUUCAUCGACUUCAGGAUAUGGAAGAAAAGCGUUUAAUCAAUUGCGAUAAAGGAUUAAGAAAUCUUUUUGAAACGGACCGACUUUAUUUUCCUAGGAUACCAGAACUAAUGAACAGGUUUUUGGAACCGGUCGAUCCUAUAGUUUUGUCGUUUGAAUUAAAUGUGAAUGAAGAAUCAGACAAUCCUUUUGAAAUAUUUGAUGUUUUUGUUAAUGCAGACGAUCCCAAACAAACCCAAACCCGGUCAUUCUUAGCUAAUGUGAUGAACCAAAACGAAAUCAAAGUUCUCGAUGAAAAAAUUUCAAGCUUUAUUGAAGCUAUUCAUUAUUCCAAAUCAAAAUAUGAUUUUAUGCGGCAAUUCUCAGAGGACCCUGUAAUGUUUAUUCAUCGAUGGACUGAAUCUCAAAGUAAGGAUUUGGAAGUUAUUUUGGAUGGCUCCGAAACAAAUUUUGCCGAAAAGAAAGACUCAAAAUACUAUCAACAACCUUGGAUUGAGGAAAGCGCUAUUCAUUAUUUAAAUAGACUAAAUAGCAAAAAACAGCAAGAAAUUCUUAAUGCAUCUACUAGGAAAUAAAAUAUUAUGGAUUUUAAUCAGCAAUGAUAUAUUAGGAUGAAAAUAAAAAAUAACAUAGUAU